AAUCCAUGGUCCAGUCAUUGUAUAUUUGCUAAAAUGCAGGAUUCUUGUGGAAUUAUAGAAAACAAGUGAAGGUGACCAAGAAGUUAGUAAAGUCUCACUUCUUCAUUUGAGUCAGUCAACCUCUCUGUCUUCAUCCCCCUGAGAGUCUGAGACUCAAGAUUUUGAUGGAUACCAAUAUCAACAGUGAUCAGAGGCCUCCACAGGGUGGAGAAGCCUCGCAUGACGCCGGCGAUUGGAGGAUGUACUUGAUGCCAGAUUCAAGGCAAAGAAUUGUCAACAAGAUACUUGAUACGUUGAAGAGGCAUCUCUCCUUCUCUGGCCAAGAGGGGUUGCUUGAACUGAAGAGAAUUGCUUUAAGGUUUGAGGAAAAGGUGUAUGCUACUGCAUCAAGCCAGUCGGAUUAUCUACGAACUAUUGCUCUGAAGAUGCUUACCGUUGAGGGCAAGGAAGUUGCAACCAGUCCCCCCUCCAACCUGAAACGGCAUCGUGUCCUUGCUUUUGAAACAGAUUAAUGCAAGUUCUGUAACUUGUGCUAUUUGAAGUUGAUAAUAUAGCUGUACUUGUGAAAUAAGAAGAAAACUCGGAGCUUCUGAAACUGGAGUGAUUAUUGUAUAGUGGCACGAAACAAUUCCUUAGCGGUUUGUAAUAUUUCUGAAUAUUGAAGUACUUUAGAGCUAUAUGCAAACACAGUACUUGCAUCCUUAUAGAUAUAAACUCUGACCGUUCAUAUCA